CCGUUUAGGAACGUGAAAGCGUGGAAAAGCUAAUUUCUCUCUCUCAACUUUGAUUCUUCUUUUCGGUUCAUAUUCUGUUUCUACGAUUUGGAUUAAGACCAACCUGUAGCAAACAUAAAAAGAGUUUUAUUCAUGGAAUCCAACGAAUUUGAACAUCUAUUUCUUCUCUGAUCCCCUUCUUACAAGGUCACUCUUUUUCAUCGAUUCUUAUUACCCAAACCUUUCAACUUGUUUUAGCUUCCAUUUUUAAGUUUUCAAGCUCCAACUUUUACUUAGAAAGUUUGGGUUUUUAAUGGACUGUUCAUUUGAAGUUGCUAAAAUGGAGAUGGGUUUGGAGUUUUAUGUUUUUUAAUUGUUUGUAGUGAGAGAAAAGCUUGUUUUGUUUGGUGAGAAAAGAAGUGUUUUUUUGUGUUUAAUUUCUUCUUUUAGCAAGAUGCUGGUUUAUUCAAAGUGGCCACCGAUCAAACGAAGGGCAGGAUUGAGAAUAAAACAGGCAGGUCGAGGGUCAUAUCGUGGAAGCUAGAGGAAGGCUAAAUUUUUAGUGUAGUGAGUAUUUGGUUUUAGAGUGUUACAAAAAUCUGCGUUUUCCUUUUAGUUGAAAAUUUUGAAGAAAAAUGGCUACUACUGCUUUAAGGCAGUUGUUGAAGAGUUUUUGCACCAAUUCACCUUGGAAAUAUGCUGUGCUUUGGGAGCUUAGGCACCGGAGCCCCAUGAGUUUGACCCGGGAAGAUGGGUAUAGUGUUUAUCCAAUACCAGGAGAAUCUGUGGAAAGUAUCUCGAGUGAUGUUUACUCUAACAGUGAGAUUAUCCCAUCACACUUUGAAACAAGCAACCAUGACGGUUGCUACGGACGAUACCCAAUUGGCCUAGUGGUUUCUCAUAUGUCACAUCUGAAGUACGCAUGGGGAGAGGGGGUUGUCGGUAGAGUGGCAUAUACAGGGAAGCAUUGCUGGAUUUCCUAUGAUGAUACUUUCACUGUUAAAGCUAAUUCGAAGUUAGUUCCUGAGUGUCCGGAGGAAUGGCUACUUCAGUUCGCGUCAGGAAUCAAGACAAUUGUGCUGAUACCUGUGCUUCCACAUGGAGUUCUGCAACUUGGUUCAUUGGAGAUGGUUGCUGAAGAUUUGUCGAUUCCGGCAUACAUCAAAGAUAGAUUUGCCUGCAAGAACAUUGACGUCCAGUUACCAUCAUUGCCAAUAUCAAGUCUUCUGGAGAAAUUAGAAGAGUCUUCAAGUGCAUCCAUUAGCCUACUGAACUCUGACGAUUCAAAUGCUGUCGACAGUUUCAAGCCCAAUAAGUUGUUAGCUUUAGAUCAGAUUGUGCCACUGUUAAGUUUUCAAAAUGCAUUUCAGGUUCCUGUAAUAGAUCUGCCUGAGAUUCUUGAAAGUGAAUGUGAAAAUAGGAUCACUGUUCCACCAGUUAGCCUCAGUGAUGUAUCAUCACUGCCAAGCCAAUCUAUAAGCUCCGACCAGCUGGCAAUGGGGGAGAGUGAAUUGUUUCGUUUGUCUUGUCUUAAGGAGGAAAUGCAAGCGUAUCCUGAAUGUAAUGCUUACACUGUGGGAGAGUGUGGAGAAAUCUUAGAUGGAGUUACAAAUCCUUAUCCUGGAAGAGAUUUACUGGAAACACCUUUUGGAGACUAUAACAUUAAUGAUGUCAGUUUCUUUAGCUUUCCCAAAGAUUGCGAAUUGCACAAAGCACUUGGACCAGCUUUUCAAAGACCUAGCAAUGAAUAUUUGUGGGAGUCAUCUUUUUUGAGUGAAGAUGCAUUUAGAUAUCUCUUUGAUGGUGUUGAGCCCUCAUUGUCUGCCAAAGGAGGUGAUCCAGAGUAUCCUUUGCAAGCUGUGGUUGGCCAUGUAUAUGAUGGUUCUGUUGGUAUUGCUAAUAGAUCCAAUCAUGUCAUGACAUCUACUGGACAACUUCCUGUGUCUUCUCGACCUCAAAGUGUGAAGAGUGAUUCAACUCCAUUAAGCAGACUUACAUCUGCAAUUGUUGGUGGGGCCAAAAAUAAUUCUAGUUGUAAAAUUUCAACUUCUUUCCAGAGUACAAUAAGCACAUUAACUGAUAAUAAGAAUCUGGGAAAAGAUGGCUACUACACACAACCCAGAAAGGGACAAAAGCAGUCCAGUGUCAGCAAAAGAAGGGCUAGACCUGGUGAUAACCCAAGGCCAAGGCCAAGGGAUAGACAGAUGAUCCAGGAUCGGCUUAAGGAGCUUCGACAACUUGUUCCAAAUGGUGCUAAGUAUAGCAUUGAUGCUCUCUUGGACCAAACCAUUAAACACAUGCUGUAUUUGAAGAGUGUGACCAACCAAGCUGAGAAAGUGAGGCAAUGGGUGCAUCGUGAGGUGACUGGUCGCAAGAAUAUGAGAUCAUCUGAAACCAAAGAUCGUUACCAAAUUGGUACAAGCUGGGCCUUUGAGAUUGGAGAUGAACUGACAAUAUGCCCCAUUGUUGUGGAAGAUCUUGCACAUCCAGGCCACUUACUCAUAGAGAUGCUUUGCAAUGAGCAUGGUCUGUUUCUAGAGAUUGCUCAGGUGAUCCGAAGUUUUAAUUUAACAAUCUUGGAGGGUGUGAUGGAGAGCUGUUCAAAUAAUACAUGGGCUCAUUUCAUUGUCGAGGCUUCUAGGGGCUUUCACAGACUGGAUAUCUUCUGGCCUCUAAUGCAGCUUUUGCAGCGUCAAAGGAAUACUAUUUCAAGCAAGAUUUAAUUCAAUAAUGAAAAACUCAC